GGUGAAUCUCAAUCUGCAUAGUAAAGUGAUGUUGGAUGUCACAACCGUGUGUAACAGUCGCUUUCGCUCCUAACAGACGGGUGUGUUUUCUCGGUCACCGUUUUCCUUCUUAUUCUCUCCUUCUCCCCUCUCUCUCUUCUCAUCUUUCUCCUUUUCUGUCUUAUGCUCUCCCGAGUCCUUGUGCUCUUUCGUCUUGUGCUUAUUCCCGUGCUGUGCCUCCACUGGUCUCCAGGUGUCAAUUUGUCCCUCCACGUGUCACCCUGCUAGCCAUUGAUAACCCUUCCUCCCUCCUUUUCCAAUGAGGAGGAGGAAAGUAACCUAGAGGACUCAUCAAUGGGGUCUGGAGGGAACAGCAGGAGGAGGAGGAGGGAGAGGGAGAGGGAGAGGGUAAGGAGGAUGAGGAUGGCCAAGGUGUGUUGGGGAUGAUGAAUUAGUGCCUCUGUCAGAACAGUCUGUGGACUGAACGAUGGCGGCAGUGCUGGAUGCCGUUAUCGUGUUGCCACGUGGUCAGCGGUCCAUUAUCUGUUGUCCAUUUGAAGAGUGAGUUUGUCUCUCCCUCUUUUCUCCACCCGCUCCACCCUCUCCCUCUCUUCUCUGCUACGCCCUCUCUCUCCCUCUCUCUUUCUCCCUCCCUUUUCUCCCAUUCUCUCCCUCCUCUCUCUGUGCCGCUGCCCUCAGGCGGCCCUUCACAAUGGUUUGUCCGACCCCUUAACAUAUACCAAUGCACGUCGUUUGACACCCCACGGACUAAUCCAGAAAGCAGUAUCCCUUACGCAGCCAUCUCGUGUAAGAUCUUCUUUGUACACUGUUCUUUCUUCUUGCUCCGGCCUAUCAUUCCACUUCUUCUUCUUCUUCUUCUUCUUCUUCUUCUUCUUCUUCUUCUUCUUCUACCAGCACCGUUGGUAGCAACCGAGCGAGCAAGGACGACCGGGGCCACUGGAAGAGUACAGGAGGAAGAAGAAAUAGGGAGAUGGCGGCCAUGGCCUCCGAACCGCAGCUGGAUGAGCGGGCAAGGAGAGUGCGCAAUCUCUUAAGCAGCUAUUAUGGACCAACGGAUGAGGAUGGAUCUGACGUCCCCGGGCGGGAAGGAGGAAUAGGCAGUCCGGCUAGGUUUGCGAAUGCCUCAGCGAACAUCAAUCGAAAAGGUUUUGAUGCGGACCGGUACUUGUCGACUCUGCUUCGCGAAGCGCGUCUCGAAGGCCUCUUGGGCCGUCAUCUGGAGAUGGCGGCGGAGAUCCGGACGCUGGACAGCGACAUGCAGAUGCUUGUGUACGAGAACUAUAACAAGUUCAUCAGUGCCACAGACACCAUCCGGAGGAUGAAGGAGAACGUAGGAGGCAUGGAGAGCAGCAUGCGCUUGCUUCUGGACACUGUCACUGUCGUUCGAUCAAAAAGCGAUGACGUCAACGCUUCGUUGUCGGAGAGGCGUGAGCGGAUUGAGAAGCUGAACGGGACUCGCAGCUUGCUUCGCAAAGUGCAGUACGUGUUCGACCUACCGAAGAGAUUACAGAGCUGUGUGGAUAGGGAGGACUACGUGGAAGCCGUGCGAUGCUACGUCGGUGCUGGUCCUAUAUUGCGCAAGUACGGGGACACGUCCUUCCUGCAAUGCAAGGAGGAGAGCGAUUUGUUGAUGGCGGAUGUGACGAAUCGCCUGCACGAGAGAGUGGUUAACGAGGGGGCUCCAUCAGACGAGAGGAGAGAAGCGGUGCAGCUUCUCUCUCAGCUUAAUUACCCAAUAGAUAAUCUGCAAGAUGGUUUUCUGGAGGAUCACUGGGAGUGUUUGAUGGACGAACUGAAGAAGACGGUGCCGAUGUCGGCGGUGACGGAGCAAAAGCAGGCACGUUUAGUCGCUGAUGGUGUAGGAGGAGGGGAAGGAGGAGGAGGAGGGGAAGGAGGAGGAGGAGGGGAAGGAGGAGGAGGAGGAGGGGAAGAGCACGGGAUGGGAGGAGAUGGUCAUGACGUUAAAGAUAGAGGAAAGGACGGUGGUGAUACGUCUGUUGUUGAAGAGAAACAGCAGCAGGAGCAGCAAUCACAGGCCGCGAUGAAUGAAGAAGAGGGAGGGCAAUUUGUGAGCGAGUUCAUCGUGAUGGUGGACAAAUUCCGGACCAUCUUUCCUAUGGGAGAGCAGCGGCUGAUGACCAUGGCAGGAAAAGUGUUUGACAUAUAUUUCGGCCACGUUAGGAGCACUUUUCUGACUAAACAACGUCCUUCUCUUUCUUCUAGUGAUAGCAGAGGUAGUGCUGCGGCUGCCGCUGCUGCUGUCGACCCUUGCAUUCCUGUUUGGCCCUCUUUAACAGCGAGAAGUCUUUUGGCGGCGCUGAAGAUGGCUUCCAGGGACGUGAUGCUCAUGCACGAGAAGGUGCCGGAAGCUAAUUUGCGCGAUCGCUGCGCUCAAGCCGUGUGCGAUGGUGUGAUGCAACACGUAGUAGAGUCGUUCAAGUUCCUGGAGCGGCGGGUUAACGCUGCCAUUUUCCAGGCGACCAUGAGUGGCUCUUCUGCUUCAUCCCCCUUGCGUUCGAAAUUGCAAUCUGACGGUGGUGGCACUGCUUUGGCGGCGACAAUUGGCGGAAAGGAGGAGAAAGCAGAGAGCGGAGAGAGCGGGGAGAGUGUCAGGGAGAGAGGAGGAAGAGGAGGCAACCCUCUUCUUGAAUUGUUGAGAACGGUUGAGAAAACGCUCUUGGAGGGCAGCUUGGAGGUGCUCAAAGACCUCUCGCUCGUUGUUGAAGAGGGAGGUGAUCUGAUGGACACAUGGCGGGACGAGUACAUCGAUCGAGUCCAGGGACAUUUUCAGAGUCUCUUUGCGUCAUUGAACGACAGCUUCUUAGGGCUUUGUGCAGCAGCAGGUGGCGCUCAGCCCUGCGUCGAUCUGUCAAUCCCUACUUCCGACUUAAUUAGUCGACAUGGCAGUCGCAGCAGCGACGUCUCAGUUGACAGGGCAGGAGCGGCAGAGGGAGGAAGAAGAGAAUCAAUCUCGGCGGAGGACGAAGUGCACUCGUCGUCAUUGACGGCGGAAGGGGUUGUCGUUGGCGGAUCAAAAGAGGGCGGGGGCAAGCUGUCAGUGGCGGGCAACACUCCGACGUGGCAGCUUCUUCUCCUGGCACGUGUCUGCGUGUUCAUUCAGGAAAGUGCCGUGCCUAACAUCACCGAAGUGUUGGCGCUAUCCUUCUCUGGAGGGGGUGCAAUGGGAGGGGAGGAGAGGCCAGCAUUCGUCCCGGCGGAGGUGAUCCGCGUGUUCCGCUCGACAGGAGAGAAGCUGCUACAGCAAUAUGUUGACGCGCAGGCACGAAAACUGACCUUGAUGGUCAAGAAGAGUAUCGCGACGCCUAAUUGGCUGAAGGCGAAGGAGCCUAGGGAUGUCCGAAUGAUUGCAGACCUUCUGCUGCAGGAGCUGGAGGCAGUAGAGGGUGAGGUGGCACAACUGCUCGAACGUGGGGACAAGUCUGAGGACACCUGGCCCACGGCGACCUCCUCUUCCUCCAAUCCUCCCACUCAUCAGCAUUCGAAGUCAAUGUCGCAGCUUCCGUCGGGAUCGCAUCGACGAACAAACAGCAUGCCUCUACAGCUGCAGCACCAGCAAGUGCAGCAGCAGGUCAGUGCGAGCCGGGUUGGCAGCCCUCUUCUGACAGGUAGCCGGGGCGGUGGCGGCGGCGGGGGUGUAGUAGUAGGAGGGGGAGAGCAGAUCGGGAUGCCGUCACUACAGCACACUCGCAGCCGUCUUCUCGAGAGGGAUGUGGCACGACUGUUCAAGGAGAGAGUUCAGCUGUUCACAAAGGUGCAGUUCACCCAGCUUUCUGUCAUGGAAUCGCUAGUCAAGGUUUGCAUCAAGAGCUUCGCCGAAUGCGUGAGAUUAGAGACUUUUAGUCGUAGUGGGCAUCAGCAGAUACAGCUUGACACAUAUUAUCUAAGGCCCCAUCUAAGGGCAUUAGCAGGGGAAGAAGAGGGGCCUGUGGUGGACAUGUUGCUGGACGAGGUGUGCACGGCCGCGGGGGAGAGGUGUCUUGAUCCCACUCCUCUGGAACCUGCGGUAAUGGACCGUAUCAUUCAAACAAAGAAGAGCAGAUAUCUACCCCAGUCGCCGGCGAUAGCAGGGGUAGCUUCGUGAUUUGCUCGGAUUCUUUCUUAUUCCCUCUUUCGGGGCCUUCUCUGCUACCUGAUGAUGUGUUUGCCGCCAGACAUGGCUAUGGCGGCAUUUGGCGCCACAUUCGGCAGGUGUGGCGACCUUUGGCGCCACAUCGCACGGGCUGUGGCGACGUUUGGCGCCACCUCUGACCAGUGUGGCGGCCUUCCCAGCACAUUUGAUGGGUGCGGUGGUCUUUGGUGCACCUCUGGUGCCACAUCUGACGACUGUGGAGGCCUUUGGGGCCACAUGUGGUGGCUAUGGUGGCUCUUGGCGCGGCAUAACUGAUGGCUAUGGCAAUUAAUGGCGCCGUGUCUGGAGGUUGUGGAGGCCUUUGGUGUCACCAGACCUGUAGGCUGUGGAGUUCUUUGGCGCCACCACACCUGUAUGUGUUGCAUGGAAAUUGCUGCAUAUGCAGGUAUUUUAUCUCCCUCUGAUGAGCCGUACGGUGGUAAUCUGCGAAAAAACGUUUUAGGGGCGGCCACGCUCUUCCUGCAGCAGCUAUGGCGACUUGCUUCUUACCAAUCUGCGAAAAAACGUUUUAGGGGCGGCCACACCCUUCCUGCAGCAGCUAUGGCAACUUGCUUCUUUCUUCCUGCCAUACCAUGUGCUUCGCCAUUGAGCCUCCUUGUUUUUAUGUCUGCAAUGAAGUCGGCAUUUCUCA